AUGGAGGCCAGGGCAAAGGAAAGUGUUAUGGAGGCAGUCAGAGCAGAGAGGGAAAUUAUGUUGAAACAAUUCAGUCAACUAAUUCCCAACUUUGAUCCCAACAUGCUCAGUAAAAUUCCAACUACACCAACUACACCAAUUACUCCAAUUCCUCCAAUUCCUCAAGAGCAAAGCCCAAAAAAUCCAAUGUCUAACAAAGCAAGCUGCUCUUAUGUGAGAGCCCCUGAAUUGGAUGAAGACAAUCCCAUGAAUGAUGCUGAUGCUGAUGCUGCUGAAAACCGUCAAGAUCAAACGGAUCUCUCAAAGCUUGACAUGCUAGCUCCUCUAUUAGCCCUAUGCCAAUAUGUUGAGACCAAGUUGAAGCCUGCUAAAGAGACCAUUACAGUUCACAUGCCUGAGGAAAUGUUUGGCACUGAUCAUGAUAUCUGGCUCUUGAGUGAAGGCAUUUUACAAUUUGCUUCCAUGGUUGAGAUUGGAGUCACAGUGAUUGCAGUAUACAUGAGGUACCUAUUUGACUAUUUAAAAAUGGCAAAUAUGGUAAAACUUGUUGGCCUCGUGGACCCUGGACAAGUCAGCUCUCAAUCUAGAACGUUAUCUCACCGCUCAAAACAUCUAUCAGAAAGCCUGAAAAAGGCAGAUGGGGAUCAAUUUUACUUGGUGCCUUAUAAUCCAAGGGGUCAUUGGGUGUUAAUAAUUGUGAGACCAGCUAAGGAGACUGUCUAUUACAUGAAUUCAUUGCCAAACCACUCUGUUGACGAGGACAUGAGAAAUAUAGUGAAUACAUAA